UGUGCUGUCGUGUGCUCGACUGUGCAGUGCGUGCAGUGCGUGCAGCAAGCAAGCAAGCAAGCAAGCAAUUACCUACCUUAUGUACCUACCUACGUACCCUACCUAUCUAUCUACGAACCGUGGCAUCUUCAAGCCAGCCGCCAUCACCCCUCAUCUCCCUCCGCAUCAUCUCAUCUCAUCUCCCACAGCAGCUGCGCGCUUGCUCCCUCGAUCAUCCCUCCCCUUCCUUUCAUCCAUCCGUCACAACGCGCACGCCGUCGCUGUCGCCAGCCCAGCCCAGCACAGCAGCUCUCGUCGACGGAGAUCGUGAUCGUGAUCAUGAUCGUGAUCGAUGACGAUCGGAAGCACGCACGGCACGCC